AUGACGGACCCAGAAAAACCUCCAAACGCCGAGGACCCAACCCUCCCACCUUCCUUAAACUCCUCUUCAGACUCUCCAACAGAUUCAUCCACAGGCCUCGACAAUAAUCUCUCUCCAACCCCUCCACCUGAAGCAUUCCAACCACUUAAUAUGAAUACAAAGAAUCCUUCAACUCACCCUGCUUUCUUUGACUAUAAUAACACCGAGGGCAACCCCGUCCAGAAAUCUCAACAAAUUCUCGAGCUUGCCCGUCAACUCACAAACUCUUCUCAAUACAAAAUAGACUCGUCUGCAAAUACAGAAGCAAACACAAACACAAAUGCAAAUGCAAACGCAACAACAACAAUUACUCAUGGCUCUAACAAAGACCCCCUAGGUGUUUCCCCAGACACUUCGGAAAAACUUCGCAGUGAUGCAGAUUCCAUUGCAUCUUCUUCAAAGUCCCUUCACAGAUUCCCCACCGCCUUUAACCCAUUUCUUGAUGCUUCAAACCCACUCCUAGACCCCCAUAGUGACCAAUUUGAUUCCCGUAUUUGGGCACAACACGUUCUUCAUAUCCAACACAGAGACCCAGAACGAUAUCCUCUUUUAAACGCAGGUGUCUCUUUCCGCAACCUUGGUGCAUUUGGCUACUCCACAGGCUCUGAUUACCAAAAAACAGUCUUUAAUACCAUUCUGUCUUACAAAGAAUGGUUCCGAAUCCUGUUAAAGAAAAAAGACCCCCAAAUUACUAUCUUAAAGGAAUUCAAUGGCCUUGUUAAGAGUGGCGAAACAUGCGUCGUUCUUGGCCGUCCCGGCGCUGGUUGCUCAACCUUUUUAAAAUCCAUUGCUUGCGAUACUUAUGGGUUCCAUUUAACUCAAGAUACCAUUUUGAAUUAUCAAGGUAUCACCCCUAAACAAGUCCGACACAAUUACCGCGGCGAGGUCAUCUACAAUGCCGAAAAUGAAAUCCAUUUCCCACAUCUUACUGUCGGUGACACGCUCAAAUUUGCAGCCCUCGCAAGAACACCACAUAACCGUUUCCCAGGUGUCACCCGCGACCAAUAUGCCAUCCACAAGCGCGAUGUCACAAUGGCAUCCUUUGGCCUGCUCCACACAAUGAACACCAUUCUCGGUAACGACUUUGUGCGUGGUGUUUCCGGUGGUGAGCGAAAACGUGUCUCCAUUGCAGAGGUUGUUCUUGCAGGUGCUACCAUCCAAUGUUGGGACAAUUCAACCCGUGGUCUCGACUCAGCUACUGCCCUAGAGUUUAUCAAAACACUCAAAAUCGCAUCUGACAUUUCUGGUGCUUCCAUCUUUGUCUCUCUCUACCAAGCCUCUCAAGAUGCUUACGAUCUCUUUGAUAAGGUCCUUGUCAUGUACCAGGGCCGCCAAAUCUUUUUUGGCCCCGCACAAAAUGCAAAAAGAUUUUUUGAAAAUAUGGGUUACGUCUGCAUUGACCGCCAAACUACCGGAGACUACCUUACCUCCUUGACCUCCCCCACUGAACGAGUCGUCAAGCCCGGCUACGAAGACCGCGUCCCACGCACCCCAGAUGAAUUUGAACAAUACUGGAAAGAUAGCCCAGAAUAUACUGCACUUUUGAAGGAAAUUGACGAAUGGAAUGCCCAAAACCCCACUGAUGGUGAAAGCGCUCACCAGUUCCAGGUCGUCAAAAAUGCCCAACAAGCUAAUCACGUUCCUCCAAAGUCACCCUAUGUCAUUUCAUUCACCAUGCAAAUCAAAAUUUGCAUUGUCAGAGGCUUUCAGCGUUUGCGUGGUGAUUACGCAAUGACUGCCACUUCCAUCAUUGGUAACACAAUUGCAGCCAUCAUCAUGUCUUCCAUCUUUUAUAACCAACCAAAAACAACCGCUUCCUUUUAUUACCGCUCUGCCGCUCUCUUUUUCUCCGUCCUCUUUAAUGCCCUUUCUUCUUUGCUCGAGGUCUUUGCCCUUUACACCCUCAGACCAAUUGUCGAAAAACACCACCGCUAUGCCUUUUACCGCCCAUCUGCUGAAGCAAUCAGCUCUCUAAUUGUCGACAUGCCGGGAAAGAUUCUCACUUCUCUCGGUUUCAAUCUUGUGCUUUACUUUAUGGUCAAUCUCAAGCGUGAACCUGGUGCCUUCUUUAUUUAUUUGCUCUUCUCCUUCUUCUCUUGUAUCCUCAUGUCUGGUCUUUUCCGCGCCAUUGCCUCUGUCACUCGCUCCGUCUCAGAAGCUUUGACCCCAGCUGCUUUGGUUGUUUUCGCAAUUGUUAUCACCACCGGAUUUGUGAUUCCGGUUCUCGAUAUGCACCCUUGGAUUCGCUGGAUGAACUACCUUAACCCUCUCGCAUAUACUUUUGAGUCAAUGAUGGUUAACGAGUUCCGAAAUGUCGCGUUUGAGUGCUCAAGUAUUGUCCCUUCCGGAGGAACUUACAAUAGUCUUCCUUCCAUUUAUAAAACCUGCAAUGUUGUAGGUGCUGUCGCCGGAUCUUUUACUGUUCAGGGUUCCGACUAUGUCAUUGAGGCAUUUAAGUAUUACCCCUCUCAUCUUUGGCGUAACUUUGGCAUUCUUUGGAUAUUUUGCAUCGCCUUUUACAUUGCCUAUCUUUUCCUUGUCGAAUACAUUAAAGGUGUCCGAUCCAAGGGUGAAAUUUUGAUUUAUCCUCGUGGCCAUAAAACUAUCAGAGGUCUUAUCCACCCAUCUGAUAUUGAAAGCCAUAAAAAUAACCUUAGAAAUGACAACGAUAUGGAUACUCCCAUGGAGCGCGUAGCAAGCUCCAUUAAGCUCCAACACCAAGAAGGUAUUUUCCAGUGGCAGGAUGUGUGUUACGAUAUCAAAAUUAAAGGAGAACCCCGCCGUCUUUUAGACCAAGUCGAUGGCUGGGUCAAACCAGGCACUCUUACAGCUCUCAUGGGUGCCUCUGGUGCUGGUAAAACUACUCUCUUGGAUGUUCUUGCUGACCGUGUAACCAUGGGUGUCGUUACCGGUAAUAUGCUUGUUAAUGGUCUUCAACGCGACAAGUCGUUCCAGCGCAAAACUGGCUAUGUCCAACAACAAGAUAUCCAUUUGGCGUCUUCCACUGUCCGCGAGGCUCUCGAGUUUUCUGCUCUUUUACGCCAACCUGACCACAUUCCACGCAAGGAAAAAAUUGAAUAUGUCGAAGAGGUUAUUAAGAUUCUCGAAAUGGAACACUAUGCAGAUGCCGUUGUUGGUGUCCCUGGUGAAGGCCUCAACGUUGAACAGCGAAAACGCCUUACAAUUGGUGUCGAACUAGCUGCCAAGCCUGAACUUCUUUUGUUUUUGGAUGAACCCACCUCUGGUCUUGACUCGCAAACCGCUUGGUCCAUCAUGAUGUUGAUGAAAAAACUCACAAACUCAGGCCAAGCCAUUCUUUGUACAAUCCAUCAGCCCUCGGCUGUUUUGUUCCAGCAGUUUGACCGUCUUUUGUUUUUGCAGCAUGGCGGCCAGACGGUCUACUAUGGCGAAAUUGGACCCAACUCUCAAACCCUUAUCAACUACUUUGAAAGUAACGGCGCUGACCCAUGUCCGCCUACUGCUAACCCUGCCGAGUGGAUGCUGCAUGUAAUUGGUGCCGCACCAGGCUCUCACACGGAUAAAGACUGGUUCCAGGUUUGGCGUAACUCGCCAGAAUACGUUUCCAUGAGGAACGAAAUUGAUAACUUGCUCAACAAUUUCGAAUUGGUGCGCUCGCUCUCUAAGGAUCAUGAAAAGCACAUGGCUCUCACUUAUGCCAUUCCUAUCUGGAAGCAAAUCUUGAUUGUCUCUAAACGUGCUGUUUUACAUAAUUACCGUGACCCACAGUACAUUUGGUCCAAAAUCAUUUUGUGUACAGGUAUUCCGUUUUUCCUUGGUGUGUGCUUUUGGAAAGCUAAAAAUACAAUUCAAGGUUUGCAAGAUCAAAUGUAUGCUAUCUUCAUGAUUGUCGUCAUUUUCAUUCCCUUGGUGGAACAACUUGUCAAUCCCUUUGCCGAGCAGCGUACACUCUAUGAAACCCGUGAGCGCCCGUCAAAAACUUAUUCAUGGGUCGCUUUUAUGUUCUCCAUGACUGCCUCGGAAUUGCCUUGGCAAGUCUUUACCGCACUCACCACCUUUUUCACCUUUUAUUAUCCUGUUGGCCUUUACCGCAAUGCCUUUGCCACGGAUUCUGUUCACGAACGUGGUGCGCUUUUCUUUAUGCUGACGCUGGUAUAUUAUAUUUACAUUUUGACAUACUCCCAUAUGGUUGUUGCUGCUAUCCCACUUCCAGAAACUGCCGGUAACGUGUCUAACGUUCUUUUCAACAUUUCCCUUGGUAUGUCAGGCGUGCUUUGUCCCAAGGAUGCCUUGCCUGGGUUCUGGAUCUUUAUGUACCGUGUCUCUCCAUUUACAUAUGUCAUUGGCGGUAUGUUGUCAUCAGGAAUUGCUAACGCCGAAGUCAAGUGCUCUGAUCGAGAAUUGCUCACGUUCCCUGUCAUUCCUGCAAACCACACUUGCGAGACAUUCCUGGGACCUUAUUCCGAGGCUACUCUCGGCAGGAUCCAUAAUCCUGAAGCAACUUCCGAUUGCAAGUACUGUACCAUGUCCACUACAGACUCUUAUUUGACUUAUCUGAGUGCCCCACUCAGCGAAGCAUGGCGCAAUUUUGGUAUCAUUAUUGCUUUCAUUAUCUUUAACUUUAUUGCUGCCAUGUUUCUCUACUGGUUCUUCAGAAUGCCGAAGAAGUGGAACAAGAAGAAGGAGUAA